GUCACGUGAGCGGGCACUGCAAGAUGGCGGCGGUGGAAAGAGAAAGUUGGCGGCGGUGAAGGGUCGGUGCGACCGAGUGUGUGGCGGGAGGCGGACGCUCACUUCCCGGGCCCCUCGGAGAGCGGCGUGAAGUCCCGCCGUCAGUCCAGGUUCACACGGAGCCUGAACCAUGGCCACAAAUGGUGCAAAUUCUGCUUCAGUAAGCAACCACGCAACAAAAUCACAACUUGGGAUAAAAGUCAUUUGUGCAAAACUCAAGGAAAAUAAGAAGAACUGGUUUGGGCCCAGUCCCUAUGUGGAAGUGGCAGUUGAUGGCCAGUCAAAGAAAACUGAGAAACUUACCAACACACACAACCCCAAGUGGAAACAGCAAGUCACAGUGAUUAUAACACCGUUCAGCUUGAUCACUUUUAGGGUAUGGAGCCAUCAGACUCUGAAAUCAGAUGUCCUGCUGGGAUCAGCCACUCUGGAUGUCUGUGAGACGUUAAAAUCUAAUAAUAUGAAAUUUGAAAACGUGGUUAUAAAGUUACCACUCAACAAUGACCGUGAGAUUGUGGACGGUGGUGAGCUUAUUAUAUCCCUGGAUGGAUUAACUGUAGAUCCUGAAGUCCUGACAAAUGGAGAUUUUACAGCUGCAACAACCAACUCGACAAGUGAAGGUUCCCGGUGUGGUAGUGAGGCAUUUAUACUUAAUCCCUCCAGUGCAAAUGGUGACGCCAUCUCACAAGAAGGCUCGGUGGACUCUGGCUCUGCUGGUGAACAUAACGUAAAUGGCAGAGGUACUCCAUCACCGUCUCCAAACUCAAUGCCCGUAAGGCCACCGAGACCCUUACGGCCUCCACCUCCUGUCCCUUCCAGACCUGACAAUAUACCAGUGUAUGAAAAUGGGUAUUCGGUUCCGAUGGAGAAUGGGUCCUCCUCCGCUACUGUCCCAACUGUCACAAACACUGUGCCUUCGACGUCUGCUACAAACUUGCUAGAACCACCACCCAGCCUAGCACCACCAGCUGAACCCAUAUCUCCUGGUGAUCUUGCACUAAGCAGAGUGAGCAAGGGUCCACUUCCACCUGGCUGGGAGCAGAGGGCGGAUCAACAGGGUAGAUUCUAUUUUGUAGAUCACAUUGAGAAGCGAACAACCUGGGAAAGACCACAACCAUUACCUCCAGGCUGGGAGCGGAGGGUGGACGAGAGGCACAGGAUUUACUACGUUGACCACAUUACUCGGACCACCACGUGGCAGCGGCCUACGGUGGAGUCUGUCAGGAACUUUGAGCAAUGGCAGUCACAGAGAAAUCAGCUUCAGGGAGCCAUGCAGCAGUUCAACCAGAGAUAUAUUUAUUCGUAUCCUGAGUCAGUGGUGCCUGCUGAAUUUGACCCUCUUGGCCCGUUGUCAUCAGGAUGGGAAAAGAGAACAGACAGCAAUGGCAGAAUGUACUUUGUAAACCACUUAACACGUACCACUCAGUGGGAGGAUCCUAGGACAGAGGGAAUUCUCAAUGAAAAGCCCUUGCCAGAUGGAUGGGAGAUGCGGUUUACAGUCGACGGUGCUCCAUACUUUGUGGAUCAUAAUAGAAGAACAACAACAUACAUUGACCCACGUACUGGCAAGUCAGCACUAUCGAACGGUCCAAACAUCGCGUAUGUCCGUGAUUUCAGAUCCAAAGUCUCCUAUUUCAGGUUCUGGUGUCAGCAACUGGCUGCGCCUCAGCACAUAAAAAUAACUGUGACCAGGAAAACUUUGUUUGAGGAUUCGUUUCAGCAGAUCAUGAGCUUCAAUCCUCAAGACCUGCGAAGGAGGUUAUGGAUCAUUUUCCCCGGAGAGGAAGGCUUAGAUUAUGGAGGUGUGGCAAGGCAAUGGUUCUUCCUACUGUCCCAUGAAGUUUUGAACCCCAUGUAUUGCCUCUUUGAGUAUGCUGGGAAGGAAAGUUAUUGCUUGCAAAUAAAUCCUGCAUCUUACAUCAACCCAGAUCAUCUGAAGUACUUCCGAUUCAUCGGCCGUUUCAUAGCCAUGGCAUUAUUUCAUGGGAAAUUCAUUGACACUGGAUUCUCUCUGCCAUUUUACAAACGGAUUCUGAACAAAGCAAUAGUAACCAAAGACUUGGAAUCUAUCGAUCCGGAAUUUUACAAUUCCCUCAUUUGGAUAAGGGAGAACAAACUGGAAGAAUGUGGUCUGGAAAUGUAUUUCUCAGUUGACAAAGAAAUUUUAGGUGAAAUACAAACACAUGAGCUGAAACCUGAUGGCAAUAAUACACUGGUGACUGAGGAAAACAAAGAGGAGUACAUUGGACUUGUAGCUGAGUGGAGACUAUCGCGUGGCGUUGAAGAACAGACGCAGGCAUUCCUGGAGGGCUUUAAUGAAGUGCUUCCUUUACACUAUCUUCAGUCAUUCGAUGCCAAAGAAUUGGAGGUGCUGCUUUGUGGAAUGCAAGAGAUUGAUUUGAAUGAUUGGCAGAGAAAUGCAAUUUAUCGGAACUACACCAGAAACAACAAACAAAUAAUCUGGUUUUGGCAGAUUGUGAAAGAAAUGGACAACGAGAAACGAAUGCGUCUGCUGCAGUUUGUCACUGGGACGUGCCGUCUUCCGGUCGGUGGCUUUACAGAUCUAAUGGGAAGCAAUGGUCCUCAGAAAUUCUGCAUUGAAAAAGUUGGGAAAGAAAACUGGUUACCAAGAAGUCACACGUGCUUCAAUCGUUUGGAUUUGCCGCCAUACAAGAGCUAUGAGCAAUUGAAGGAAAAGCUGCUCUUUGCAAUAGAAGAAACUGAAGGAUUUGGACAAGAGUAACCCCAUAUAACAGUCUCAACCGAAGAGAGUUAACGUGCUGUCUGUUAUUUUAAGAGGCUUUGGAAAUGAGGAAUGCAUUUCCAUUUCUUAUGCUUUUCUUUCCAGUAGUCAUUUGUUUAGCCAGACGUGUCAGGUCAGACUAUUUCUGUCAGAAACCCUAUGGGAAAUGGCUGCAGAGACGUGCCUCGACUUUGUCUCUCUGUAUUUGCAAGUGAAAAACCCGAUAUUAUGGAGAAAUUGUACAUGUUCACAUGGAAUUAAUCUGCUGUGAUAAACAGCUUAAACCACAGUUUGUUCAUUUGCACUGUGUGUGAAGGAACAGGCAGGCUGACCCUGCACAGACAGGAAUACAAUUGGCUGCUAUUUAUGACUACGUGAGCUGGUUGAUUAGGCUUUCCGAGAUUUGAUUGCGUCUUGCAGCCGAGACUAAGCCAGGGCUGAGUAACUACCCGGCCUGUAUUGAGAAACAAACCAUGAUGGACUGUAUCUUACCCUUUUCCCUUCCUUUUUGCCUUCUGGUUGGAUUGUAUUUAUCAUGAUCUGUCAUUGGGGUCAUCUCCCCCUUCCCUCCUCUUACCUUAUCCAAUAGUCUGUCUUAACAGAUCUGCAGAUGCUAGUUUAAUACAAAGAUAGACAAAGUUCUGGCGUAACUCUGCGGGUCAGGCAGCAUCUCUGGAGAAAAAAAGAUGGGUGACAUUUCGGGUCUGAAGAAGGGUUCCAACCCGGAAUGUCAGCCAUCCUUCUCCAGAGGUGCUGCCUGACCCGCUGAGUUACUCCAGCACUUAUUGUCCAUCUUCGGUACAAACCAGCAUUUGUAGUUAUUUAUUUCUACAACCUGUCUUUGUCACAGGAUUUAUUUCUAAUUUGUUUUAAUAAGUUGAAAAACAGUUCAAGCAUGUCCUGUGAGGUUGAGAGUCUCCUUUCCAAUUGAGGAAUGCCCCAUUGUCAUCGUUCAACAGAUGCCCCCUGUACUUUUGUUGGUUUUCUUUUAGAAGUCAAUGAAACUAGCACACCAGUAGUAAUUGUGAUAAUAUCCCAAACCUAAUCCCCCUCUGCACAGUGUAGUUUGGAAAGCAGAAGUUUCUGCUCUGUAUUUUAAAAUGAAUCAAAAACUUAGCUGAGGUUAUGUAGCUCUAGUUUUAUAGAGCAUGAGUAGAGAAUGUUUGUGGUAUUCACAGUGCCCUCCAUAAUGUUUGGGACAAAGACCCAUCGUUUAUUUAUUUGCCUCUGUACUCCACAAUUUGAGAUUUGUAAUAGAAAGAAAAACCACAUGUGAUUAAAG